CAGUCUCGGCUGUGGCUGUCAUUGGCCCUGUCAAGUCAAGCACCAAGUCGGACUCUGGUGGCACCCUUAGGUAAUCUCUCAUCUCGGACUCGCUCUAAUCUCCGCUCCCUCUCUCAGCACUGCACCACAAGUGUGUUCCCAUCUCCGUAGCCAUAACUAACCGCCACCUGUUUAUGCAACCACUGACUACACUGUCAUCGACAGUGCUGCUAUUGGUUUUUCACCGGUAGACGAUAGACGGUCGACUGAAUUCCCGGAGUCAUCACGGCAGGAUGGUCUUCCGGAUGCUUGGGCUCCAAGCGUUGGAGACGCUGCUCGUUCGUCAGGACAAAAAGCUGCUCUCCAGCCGGACGUUUCACCGCGUCGUUGGGAAGGUCCAUGAACAAGUUGAACGUGUGAAACACGGCGUGCCUCCGCCAGAGACGCCCCGGAUUAGCGGCUCCGGCCGUCUCUCAAACCCUGAUUCGACCCUGAGAAAGUUCUGGGCAUACUUCAAGGAGGAGUGCCAGAAUCAAUUCAAAGGAAAACCCACGGAGAAGUACUGAUCAGCAAUCUGGAAAUACACUGCGGAAACUGCGGAGGCCUUUGUUAACCAAUAUAUAACCCUAUGAUACCCAUCAAUUCAGACUGUUUAUGCUUUAUAAGUUGUUCUGCGGUUUCUUGCUUGGUGCCGGCCUGCCUCGUCCAUUCAGCUCAAAUCUGUAAUUGAGAGUAAACAUCUCACAACUGUAAGCG